UAGCUGUACCAAUUACAAUUAAUAACUCUAACAAAAGAGAGAGGGAGAGAGAUCAUUCUUAUUUGCAAUUUACUCUUAGCAUUCAAAAGAUUUCAGAAAUGGAUAUUGGCUUAGCAGUUGGUGGUGCAUUUCUCUCUUCAGCUUUGAAUGUUCUCUUUGACAGGCUUUCUCCUCAUGGUGAUCUUCUCAAGAUGUUUCAGAAGAAUAAGCAUGAUGUUCGACUCUUAAAGAAGCUGAAAAUGACUUUGGUUGGACUUCAGGCUGUGUUAAGUGACGCGGAGAAUAAGCAGGCAUCAAAUCAACACGUGAGCCAGUGGCUAAAUGAACUUCGAGAUGCUGUGGACGGCGCUGAAAACUUAAUGGAACAAGUCAAUUAUGAGGCUUUGAGGCUUAAGGUGGAAGGUCAGCAUCGAAAUCUUGCAGAAACAAGCAACCAGCAAGUAAGUUACGCCAACCUGAGCUUGAGUGAUGAUUAUUUUGUUAACAUAAAGGAGAAGUUGGAAAACACCAUUGAAACAUUGGAGGAUUUGCAAAAGCAAAUAGGUCUCCUUGGCUUAAAGGAGCAUUUUGUUUCGGGUACACGAGAAACUAGAAGACCUUCAACUUCUUUGGUUGAAUCUGAUGUCUUUGGUAGGAAGAAUGAAAUAGAGAAAUUGAUUGACCGUUUAACGUCUAAGGAUGCAAGUGAAAAAAAUCUGACUGUUGUACCUAUUGUUGGAAUGGGGGGCAUGGGCAAGACAACACUAGCUAAAGCGGUUUACAAUGAUGAGAAGGUGAAACACCAUUUUGGUUUGAAAGCUUGGAUCUGUGUGUCUGAGAAAUAUGAUGCUUUCAAAAUAUCAAAAGGGUUACUUCAAGAAGUUGGCUCAUUUGACUUAAAGGAUGACAAUAAUCUUAAUCAGCUACAAGUUAAAUUGAAGGAAAGACUAAAUGGAAAAAGGUUUCUCAUUGUUCUGGAUGACGUGUGGAAUGACAACUACAAUGAGUGGGAUGACUUGAGGAAUAUUUUUGUUCAAGGAGAUAUUGGAAGUAAGAUCAUUGUGACCACACGUAAAGAGAGUGUUGCCUUGAUGAUGCGCACUGAGCAAAUUAGCAUGGACACCUUGUCUAUUGAUGACUCUUGGUCUUUAUUUAAAAGACAUGCAUUUGAAAACAUGAACCCUACGGAACAUCCGGAACUUGAAGAGGUCGGAAAACAAAUUGCAGCUAAGUGCAAAGGACUGCCCUUAGCUCUGAAGACGCUCGCUGGCAUGUUACGCUCCAAAUCAGAGGUUGAAGGGUGGAAACGUAUUUUGGGUAGUGAAAUAUGGGAGCUGCCAGAAAAUGACAUAUUACCAGCACUGUUGUUGAGCUACAAUGAACUUCCCGCACAUUUAAAGCCAUGUUUUUCCUAUUGUGCAAUAUUUCCUAAAGAUUAUCCAUUUAGAAAAGAACAAGUUAUUCAUUUGUGGCUUGCUAAUGGUCUUGUAUCAAAGGAAACAAUUAAAGAUUUAGGCAAUGAAUACUUUCUCGAGUUGAGAUCAAGAUCAUUAUUCGAAAGGGUCGCAAAUCCUUCUCAAGGGAACACAGAGGAAUUCUUAAUGCAUGACCUUGUCAAUGAUUUAGCCCAAAUUGCAUCUUCAAAACUUUGUGUCAGGUGGGAAGAGUGCCAAGAAUCUCAUAUGUUGGAUCAAAGUCGUCACUUGUCCUAUUCAAUGGGAGAAGGUGGUGACUUUAAGAAAUUGACACCGCCCAACAAAUUGAAGCAGCUGAGGACAUUGCUUCCAAUCAAUAUCCAGGGCCUUUACGAAAUUAAGCUAAGCAAGAGGGUGCUGCAUAACAUACUGCCAAGGCUAACAUCUUUAAGGGCAUUAUCAUUGUCACGUUAUGAGAUUGUGGAGUUGCCGGAUGCUUUGUUUAUCAAAUUAAAGCUCCUCAGAUUUUUGGACCUUUCUCGGACAAAGAUUAAAAAGUUGCCAGAUUCCAUUUGUGCAUUGUAUAACUUACAGACACUUCUCCUCUCAGUUUGUACGUAUCUUGAGGAGCUACCGCCGCAGAUGGAAAAGUUGAUCAACUUGUGUCAUGUUGACAUAAGCGACACUAAUCUCUUUAAGAAGCCGCUACAUCUGAGCAAGUUGAAAAGCCUCCAAGUGCUAGUUGGAGCCAAGUUUCUUCUAGGUGAUCGCGGUGGUUCGAGAAUGGAAGAUUUGGGUGAAGCUCAUAACUUGUAUGGAUCUCUAUCAAUUUUAGAGUUGCAAAAUGUGGUUGAUAGAAGGGAAGCUCAGAAGGGAAAUAUGAGGGAGAAGAAUCAUGUUGAUAAGCUAUCAUUGGAGUGGAGUGAAAGUACUGCAGACAAUUCACAAACUGAAAGAGACAUACUUGAUGAGCUACGCCCACACACAAACAUAAAAAAACUCCAAAUCUACAGAUAUAGAGGGACACAAUUUCCAAAUUGGGUAGCUGAUCAUUCGUUUCUUAAGCUAGUGAAAUUGUUUAUUGGCAACUGCAAGGACUGUUACUCCUUGCCAGCACUAGGACAACUUCCUUGUUUGAAAUUCCUUUCCAUUAGAGAGAUGCAUCGAAUGACAGAGCUGACGGAAGAAUUCUAUGGUAGUCCGUCCUCCAAAAAGCCUUUUAACUCUCUUGAGAAGCUUGAAUUUGCACUGAUGCCGGAGUGGAUCCAGUGGCACAUACUAGGGAACGGAGAGUUCCCUACACUUCAGAACCUUUCAAUUGAAGAUUGCCCCAAGUUGAUGGGGAAGUUGCCUGAAAAUCUUUGUUCUCUGACAAAAUUGAUAAUCUCAAGAUGUCCUGAACUCAAUUUGGAGACACCCAUCCAACUUUCAAGUUUAAAAAGAUUUGUAGUUUCUGGUUCUCCCAAGGCUGGAGUUCUUUUUGAUGAGUCUGAACUGUUUACAUCUCAACUUGAGGGAAUGAAGCAGAUUGUUCUUAUAGAAAUUAGUGAUUGUGACUCUCUUACCUUCUUACCUAUUAGCAUUCUGCUGAACACCUUGAAGACAAUAAGGAUAUAUCGUUGCCGGAAAUUGAAAUUGGAGGCACCAGAUAGUAGUACGAUGAUUUCUAACAUGUGUCUCUAUAGAUUGACACUGGAAAGAUGUGAUUCUAUAUAUUAUAUGUCAUCAACUGAGUUGGUCCCUAGAGCAGGCUAUUUGUGUGUAAAGAGUUGCCAAAACCUUACUAGGUUUUUGAUUCCAGAUGGGACUGAAAGCCUCGAUAUUAUGUUUUGUGAGAAUCUUGAAAUACUUUCGGUGGCAUGUGGGACCCAGAUGACGUCAUUGCGUAUUUCGGAUUGCAAAAAGCUGAAGCGGCUGCCAGAACGUAUGCAGGAACUCCUUCCAUCUCUUCAGGAACUGAAACUGUGGAAUUGUCCAGAAAUAGAGUUCUUUCCUGAUGGAGUUUUACCCUUUAAUUUACAACUCCUUCAAAUCAUCAAUUGUGAGAAGCUGGUGAACUGCCUAAAGGAGUGGCGUCUGCAGAGACUUCCCUGUCUCAGAGAGUUGUACAUCGAACAUGAUGGCAGUGACGAAGAGAUUGUUAGUGGUGACAAUUGGGAGUUGCCAUGCUCUAUUCGAAGGCUUACUAUAUGCAAUCUGAAAACAUUAAGCAGCCAACUUCUCAAAAGCCUCACCUCUCUUGAAUAUCUAUGUACUGAAGAGUUACCUCAAGUUCAGUCACUGCUGGAACAAGGGCUUCCCUCCUCUCUUUCUGAGCUACGUUUAUACGACCAUGCUGAGCUCCAUUUACUACCGAUUGAAGGUCUUCAGCACCUCACUUCGCUUCAACGUCUAGUGAUCAGCAAUUGCCAUCAACUCCAAUGUCUUGCAGAAUUAGCGCUGCCCUCCUCCCUCUCUGAGCUAACCAUCGAGUAUUGCCCUAACCUCCAAUCCAUUCCAGUAAAAGGGAUGUCCUCUUCCCUCUCUAAACUAUCCAUUUCCUUCUGCCCAUUGCUCAAACCACUCCUCGAAUUCAACAAGGGGGAAUACUGGCCUGAAAUUGCUCAUAUUCCUGAAAUAUAUAUCGGUGGUACAGUAUUUGACAGCGAGUGCCUGUGAUGAAUAAUAAAACGAAGCUCCGAUGAGUUGUUCAAUCAAUUUGCAAAACCACUAAGUGCACAAAUGCUUGACGAAUGAAAUCUCUAUUUCACAAUAAGGAGUUGUUCAAUCUCUGGGCUGCAUAUAUAUCAUUGGUGUAAUCUCCAAUCUCUUCCAGAACCAUCAGACUGUCCUCUUCCAUGUCUGAACUAUGUAUUUCCAACUGCCUGUUGCUCGAACCACGUCUAGAAUUUGAGAAGGGGGGAUUACUUGCUAUAUAUUGCUUAUAUCUCCUACAUCGAGAUUGGUUGGGAGUACAUGCAAUGAUUAAAACGAGUGGUGCUCUGAUAAAUGUGAGUUAUUCUAUUGGUGCUCUGAUGCAUAGCAGCAUGUAGCGUCUAUAGCCUUUGUGAAGCCAAGAGAGCAUCUUCAGAUUAGCAUGAAAAAUGACAAAUAAAAGUUACUUGAGCAAGGAGGAUGCAGUUUAGAGCUGCACAUGUUCUCCCUUGUGCUUUGAUAACGUGUAGAAUCUUAUUGUCCUCCGGAAAUGCAGAAACUCUAAAGUCUACUAGAACAUCCAAGUUUCACUGCAAUAGCAAUUCUUGUAUUCUUGAAGUUUCCUUGAGCAAGGAAGAGGUGUUCCGGGGUAAUGAUUGUAUCCAAUCAGUGUCGAUAAAGGAGUUGUUCAAUCAAUUUGCGGAAUCAUCUGGAAGGGCAUGAAUUCUCGGAAAAAUAAAAUCUCUAAUGCACAAUGAGUGUGUUGAGCAAAGAAGAAGUGUUUCGGGCUAAUGGUUGUAGCAAUCAGCGUCAAUAAAGAUCUUCCCUCAUCGCUCUUUGUUCUGGUAAUCAUUAAUUUCCUAGCUCUGAACUAUGUGUUUAUGGCAUCCGUUGCUUGAACCAUGUUUACUCUCUAGAAAGGUGAGGACUGGCCUAAGAUUUCUAUUCCAUCUAAAAAGUAUCGGUGGUGACUCGUCUAAAGAUGAAGUUCAUGCUACUGGGAACAACAUUUACUCUUUAGAUAACCUGCCAGUUAUUUUUGAAAACUUCUCCUUGCUUGUCUAUUAGCUCAUUUCACUUUGUUCAUCCAUUAUCAUUGCAUGAGUUGUUCUCGUUUCACUUUGUUCAUCCACUAUCAUUGCAAGAGUUGUUCAUUCAAUUUGUGGAACACUUGGAAGAGCAUGAAUUUUCGGAAAAAUGAAAUAUCUAUUUCACAGUUAGGUAAUUUUGCCUAUUCCUUGUAAGAAGAAUGCAUCGAGCUUGGAAAUCUAAAAAAUCAAAAGAUUUUUAAACGCAGUUCCUUUUCGAUUAAAUAGCUUUGUUCUUUGAUCUUUGACGUUUAACAAAGCAUCUGAUAGGGUAAUACUGAUGAUUCAUGAAUGUCACCUUUUGUUAAACCUUUAGAAUUGACAGCAUAACCAAGAAAAUGUCAUCUCUUAUGAUACAAGAUCAAUGGGCUCCACUCCUUUGGGAUCGAUGCUUCAAGGAUCACAUCUACGGAUUCAAGACUUGGUCGUUCUAGGAGGUCAAAUACGUGAAUGGAGGAUAGCUUGGAAAGAAGCUAUAUUUAUCCUCCAAGAAAGGAAUGGGCGACACCACAUUUGGAUGAUAGCUUGAGCUUCGAGAGAGUAUGGGCGUCCAUUCCAAUGUUUUGAGCUUUGGGUCACUUUUGGGCCCAAUAACUUUUAGGGUCACUUUUCGACCCAUUGUGUAAUAAAUAGACCAUGGCUAUAAAUAGCUAAUUUUCUUUUAUUUUUAGGUAGUUAAUGAAUGAUGAAUUAAGUUACACUUGCGAGUGUUGUCUUUAAGCUUGUUGGGAGCUUAUGGAUUGUUGAGAAACGUGGGUUGCUCGGAUCCAUUCCCGCGGGGUCCUCGUAAGAGGUUGGUGAUUGUGAUACUUCGAUAGGAAGGUCUUCGGGUUUAGUAUAUCCGUAGAUUGUCCUCUCUUUAUCAUUUUGUGUCAAUCUAUCUAUCAUUUUAUCUUCCGUUCC